ACAGUUAUUAGAUUGAUGUUUUCCUGUGGCUGCGGUUGUUUUAUUGCUUCCACGGUGCUGAGUGUGUGUGUGUGGUGGUUUAUCACCUUUCGUAGCUGUGUGUGGUCGUGUUGCCGGGCUGUGUAUGGCUACAGUUUGUCUGCAUGGUGGAACAUCCAUCAGUCACCAGUCACUUCCACCACUGCCAGCACCACCCAGACCUCCAUCACCAGCAUCACCCCAACUUACACCACCAGGAUCACCCUCACCACCACCACCGCCACUACCAUGAGACCCUCCAGUUUUCUCACCACCUCUAUUGUCGUCCUUGUCGUGGUCGUCUUGCAGGAGACUGCAGCAGCACCUAGGUGCAACAGGCAAGGCACCAGGACCCCAUCUCUCAACUGCAAGUAUGGUACAGUAGCUGACUGGUGUGGCAACCGUGUGUGUGCCAAGGGCCCCGGCGAAACCUGCGGCGGUGACUGGGGAGAAAAAGGAGCGUGUGUUGCAGGAACGUACUGUUCCUGUGGCUUCUGUUCUUGCGGCUACUGCACCGGCUGCGCCGCCAACCUGGAUUGUUGGUUCGGUCACUUCUGCUAGACUGGAACCUCCUGCACUCCCCGCUGUCACCCUCGUCACGCAGCGCCACAGAGCUACCUGUUCCUCCGGCCUCGCUCGGUCGUCUCCACUCAGUGAGAAAAGAGGAAGCAGUGACCUCUUUGCUUGGUCUUCCUCUCCCGGUUCGUUGGCUCGGCUGGACAAAAUGAAGAAUAUUGUUAGGUGGAGGCUGCACACUGUGGCUGCACCCUGUGGCCGCACCCUGUGGCCGCACACUGUGGCCGCACCCUGUGGCUGCACCUUAUGGCCGCACCCUGUGGCUGCACCCUGUGACCACCUUGUGGUUGCACUUGGUGGCUAAACAGACACGUACGCAGGUUUUUAAUCCCGCUUACGUAUGUAUUUACAUACUUAUCUAUAUUACUUACCAUUUUUAUGUAAACAGCGACUAUCGAGCCUCUGCCCGCUAUCACUUACGCAAGAUUUCAGAGCAGUGGAGGCAAGGUAGUAGUAAUAGUAGUAGUGGUAGUGUUAUUUACCUCUUUCCCCGCGGGGCUGACCCUUCCCCCCUUAGUCCAUGGAGGGAGGGGGGGGAUCUUUCCAGCCCUCACGGUGGUGUCCCGCCCCAGUUCGAACCCCCGUAGGGAGGGAGGGAGGGUACUAUGCUACUCAACCAGCGUUUCCACCAUUUUAACUCUAUUCAAUACAUGAUCGGUAUGAUUGGAAGUGCCCACACAUGGGUACGUAUGUGUGAAUGUUCAUACACUCAUACAAGAUAUAUGCAUGAGCGUGAAUAUUGAUCUACACAAUAUGCAUGUAUCAGUGGUGAUACAUAUAUGGUGUACAUAACAGCUAAUAUCCAGUCUAAAUUACACUUAGUGUGAUUACAUUGUACAUAUAUCUGUACAUAUAUGUAAAUAUGAUAACUUUUGAAAGUGCAUAUUUGCCUUUGUGAUAGACAGAGUACAAAUCAAGUAAUAUUAGGAACCCCUGGUUAUCAAAUCACGAGAAGUCUGCCUCUUGUUCUGACAGCUUCCACCAGGGACUCUUGACUCUCCCUGUUUUGACUCACCUUGUCUUGACUCACCUUGUCUUGACUCACCUUGUUUUGACUCACCUUAUCUUGACUCACCUUGUCUUGACUCACCUUGUCUUGACUCAUCUUGACUCACCUUGUCUUGACUCAUCUUGACUCACCUUGUCUUGACUCAUCUUGACUCACCUUGUCUUGACUCACCUUGUCUUCACUUACACUUUCUAUAGGUUCUUUUUUAUUUUGAAAGGUAUAUUGUAUUGUUUUUUUUUCUUCAUUAUUUCAGGUUUGUGUAUGCACACGCGCAUUCACAAACGUGUUUGCACAUGCUUAAAACACACACCACUCAAACACGCCCGCACACUGUCUUCAGGAAUCUUAUAUGCAACAUCUGGGUAUCAUUAUUGUAGACGUUUCGCCAUCCAGUGGCUUUAUCAAUACAAAUUCUAGGACAUAACUUGAAAGUAGAACUAUGUACAGAAGAUGAAGUAAUCAGUCCCUCAACCUUGGAGUAGGUGCGAAGAGCACCAUAGUCGUGGAGAUACUGAAGCAGAAGCAAGGAGCCUGGAUGGCGAAACUUCUACAAUAAAGAUACCCAGAUGUUGCACCUGUGUCUUAAUUUCAUCUUGUUGGUAUUAUAUACCAUUCUUGCACAGGAAUCUUAUAGUCAUUUCAUGCAGUGUACAGCACGUAAGACCAGUCCUCUGUUAUGAAGCACCAGUGUGGAGCCCACACCUAGUCAAACAGGUUCGACGUGUGUACAAGUCCCUCACAUUUUAUCGUCAAACAUCCUAACAAGACGUCUGACCUACCACUAGUAUGCCAAAGCCGGUAUGUCCAAAUCUGCAGAAGUUAACGCUGGUGCUCAGAGUUAAAACUGAAGACUGAGAAUACUGACGAUCGCGUGUUGUGGUUAGGUUAUUAUUGCUGCACUCUGCAUGCAUGUUUCUGUUGAUUCGAAGUGGUGUUCACCUCUCUUGUUGCCAGACUCCUGAAGACCUUUACCACUCGAGGAGUUGACAAGUGUGCAUUAACGUGAGGCAUAUCACAGAAUGGAGUUAUAUAAUUUAUUAGAGAAGAAUACAGAGAUCUGAGGCAGAUUUGCAUCAUAUAUAUAUAUAUAUAUAUAUA